UAGUCGUGUGUGUUCAUAAGUGACAGUUCAUAAAAAAUGGCGCUGAUUCAGAUCGAAGACGGUGAUCCGUGGCUCACCGAAUAUGAGUCGUGCGAUAAGCUGUUCAGAGAGAUUAUGGAACAGUUGACACUUCGCAAUAGGGAAUCACGAACGUCCCAGAAUUAUGCCAGUUUGUCGGCUAACAUUCGCCUGCGUAUGAAACAGUACAGCGGAGAGGUAGAGCAACUUAAGAAUAAGGUCGAUGAGGACUCUAAAAUGCGAUCGAUAACUAGGGAAGAAGCUGAACGAAGAUGCCGUCAGAUUGAACAGCUGCAAAGCAAAGACGUGCAGCUUCAGCAGCUCUACAAUGGACGCAGUAGUAGCCUUGCCUCCGAUCGAGCUAGACUCAUGCAACCUAAUUCUUCGGCUUUUGCCGAUAUGGGAACAACCAGCUGGGGAUUAGAGGAAGACGACGAUCAGCCUAUUGACAUUGAAGUAACUGUCGACGAUUUGAAAGUUCAAAAGUUACGACUUUUGCAAGAACAAGACGAAGGCCUGGAAGCAUUGUCAAAAGUUAUUUCUCGACAAAAGGAUAUUGCAAACACCAUUAAUAAUGAAGUCGAUCAUCAGAAUGAAAUAAUUGACGACCUGGCCGAUCACAUGGAGAGGACCGAUCAACGAUUAAUUAGCGGAACUCGUCAAGUCGGUUUAAUUGAUCGCAAAGAUCGAACAUGCGGUUAUUGGGUUGUUAUCAUCUUGUUAUUUAUCAGUAUAAUUGCAGUUGCCGUAGUUUAAAAUUAGCAUAUGUAGGCUUCUAUUCACAAUAUAUAAUAAUCAGCACGGUA